AUGAAAGGGCAUGAGGACUCCAAUCCGGACGUCGCCUUCGAGGCGCUGGUCCGAGCUCAGCUCACGCGCAUGGGCUACGACGCCAGCGCGGUGCCUGAUGAGCCACAACUGCCCGCUGCCCAGUCGCCGUGGCGGCCUCGGAGCGUCAAGGCGCCGCCGCAGUUCGUCGUGCCGACGAGCAAGAGGCGCGACGACGUCGUCUGCGCCGUCCGCGAGCGGCUUCGCGCCUCGGAGCCCGUCGACGAUGGCCGCCGCCCUGCCCGCCGCCUGACGCCAAACCACUUUGUGCCGCCGACAGAGAAGCGGCGCGACGCGCUGCGCUGGCAGGUGCGUGUGGGCAUGGCUUGCGCUUACUGA